AUGACUAUGAUGACCCAACCCACCAAGGUAGUAUACCCCUGCCGCAGCCGAAGAGAAUUCAUCCUAGCUGAGCCGACCCACACCGCCGCCCCGCCCGUCCACCACCACCCCACAGAUGCCACCUGCCGCCGCCGGCCGCCACUGCUGCCGGCGGCCACGCCCACGCCACUGACAGCAGCCCGCCGCGAGGCCCGGCUCGCCAUGCCCCGUGCCCUCCUCGCCCCGCUCUCCCGCCGCUCCCGCCGCCGCCUCCUCCUCUCCCGCCCCCUCCUCGCCAUUCUCUCGAACACCUUCUCGGCGUCCGCCUCCGCGCCUCCUCCCCGCGCGCCGCCGCCGCCGCUCCCGGAGCUCUCUCCGCUGCUUCCGCCGCGCCCCGAGGAAGCCGGCUCCGUAGCCGCGGCCUCGUCCGCCAUCGCCACCUCCUUCCGCGACUGGUUCGUCGAGGCCUCCGGCCCCGUGGCCGCGCCGCUCAAGGCGCUCGACGCGAUCUACGAGGCGCUCGCGUCCGAUGAGACGGCCGCGCUCGAGGCGCUCCCGCUCUCGGAGCAGCUCGUCCUCGCCGUGCUCCGCCACGCCCCGCGGAGGCUCCCCGAAGGCGACGCGCUGCUGCUGCUCCGCCUCAAGUUCUUCGACUGGUCGGGGCGCCGGCCGCGCUACCGCCACACGCGAGCCGUCUACCACGCCGUCUUCCGCCUCCUCUCCCGCGCGCGCCGCAACGCCGUCCUCGUCAACUGGCUCCGCCUCUUCUCCGACACCACCGCGGCCGCCGGGCACCUGCGCUUCCACGACACUCUCGUCAUCGGCUACGCCGUCGCUGGCGACCCGCAGCGCGGGCUCAGCGUCCUCGGCCACAUGCGCUUCCGCGGCCUCGACCUCGACGCCGUCUCAUCGCGGAUCCUCCUCAACUCCCUCGUCGAUGCUUCGCUCCACGACCUUGCCGACUCCUUCGCCCGCAACCUUGCCGCCAGCCCUGUCACUACAUGCAUCCUCAUCAAGAGUCUCUGCCGCCGUGCCCGCCUCGACGAUGCCGUGGCUCUCCUUGACACCCUGCCGUUUGCUGAAGCAUCCCGUGGCCCCGCUGCUGGCUCCAUCAUCACUGAGUUCUGCCGCCGUCGACGUUUUGCUGAGGCAGCCCAGAUCGUUGAUAAGUUUGCAUCCUGUGAUGUGUAUGGUGCGUGGAUCCAUGGCCUCAUUGAGGCUGGAAGGCUUGAUACUACGUUGAAGUUCAUUGCUGAUAAGAAGGAAACUGAAGGGUAUAUCCCUGAUGGGCAGCGGUAUGACAAGCUUGUUUAUCGCUUGCUUCGCUGUAACAGACUUGGCGAAGUGUAUGACUUGCUCGUGGAAAUGAUGGAGGAGGGCAUUGCUCCUGGCAGAUCCACCAUGAAUGCUGCGCUUUGCUUCUUUUGCAAGGCUGGUCUUGUUGAAGUGGCCAUGCAUUUGUAUAGGUCAAGAAUGGAGCUUGGGAUCAACCCAAACAAGGAUGUCUAUAAUAAUCUGAUCAGGGCACUGUGCCGGGGUGGGGAGACAGAGGAAGCAUGUCUGGUAUUGGAGCAAGCUAUGGAAGGAGGGCACUUUCCAGGGCGUCAGACAUUUGCCAUGUUUGCAAAUAUGCUUUGUCAGGAGGGAAAGCUGGAUAAGGUGCGGGAGCUGCUAGACAGGGCACUCAAGCAGGAAGUCUGGCCAAUGGACUCUGUCUUAGCCAAGUACCUUGUGGCACUAUGCAAGAGUGGUAAUGUGGAGGAGGCAUGCGAAGUGCCUCAGAUAGCAAGCAGCAAGAGCCAUGUGGGCUUAUAUCGCUAUGAGUCAACCUACAAGAGCUUGAUUCGGGCAUUAAUAUUGAUUAAGAGGGUUGAUAUACUGCCAAGGCUCAUGCUGGAAAUGCAAGAUAUGGGGCACAUCCCAACCCGAAGCCUCUAUCAAUCAGUUGUCUGUGCUUUGUGUGAAUUGAAUAAGUAUGCUGAAGUUCUUGAGCUGUUAGACAGCCAGUUGCAACGGGGUGAACUCCAACCACUUGUGUGCUACAACUACUUUAUUUCUGGGGCUGGUCAUGCUAAGAGGGCUGACAUGGCAAGGGAGGUGUAUAACCGAAUGGAGAUUUCAGGGAUUGAACCAUCAGCGGAAAGCAACACCCUUCUUCUCAUGAGUUAUCUAAGGAGCAAACGUAUUGGUGAUGCACUUAACUUUUUUAACCUCAUUCGUGGAAAGAAACCACCUGGCACCAAGCUGUAUAAUGUAUUUAUAUCUGGUCUAUGUGAAGCUCAGAAGCCUGAGCAGGCAAUGGUGUUCUGGAGGGAGGCAAGGGAUAAUGGUGUAAUCCCAAGCAUCAGCUGCUAUGAGCAUCUUGUUCUAUUGCUGUGCUCUGUCAGAGAUUAUGACAGUGUUAUAAAGGUUAUCGACGAUUUCAGAGAAACAGGUCGCCCUGUUUCAGCCUUCCUGUGUAAUGUGCUUCUCUUGCACACAUUGAUGGGCAGCAGCCUUCUGAAGGCUUUGUUACGUUCAAGAGAUAAGUCAAAACCUCUAGAAGUGAAAGGUGAAGAGAUUCAAGGUCGGGAGGCAGGAAGGCUCUUGAUAGGUGAUCUAAUUACCUCGUUUGCAAGAGGUAUCAACAACAUGAAUGACUUGGAGCAUUUGGGAGAGGAGAUGGAAAAGUAUUUUCCUGUUGAUACUUAUACUUACAACAUGCUGUUACGAGGGUUGUCUAUGGCAGGUAGGAUGGAUUCUGCCUGUAAUUUGUAUGAAAGGAUGUGCAGAAAGGGGUAUCAACCAAAUCGAUGGACUUUUGAUAUAAUGGUACACGGUUUCUGCAAGAAUGGUGACAGAAAUGAAGCUGAGAGGUGGAUGGAUGCAAUGUAUCGAAAUGGGUUCUAUCCCACAUGGUACACUAUGAGGUUAUACAACAGUGCAUCAUUGCGAGCACAUGAUCAGAAGAUCAUUUCUUUUGUAUGAAUAAUUAUAUCUAUUUAUCUCCCUUGCUACCUCACAUUCAACUGCUGAUCUGCUCUCUGCCUUGAUCAUAUGACUUAGCUGAAAGAGCUCUUUGCAGGCAUUCUUUUGGAAGAUCAAAUAUAUAUUUUUAGAGAUGUAUUCCGAGAUUUAACAUUACUUUAUCCCUGAAUCCACAUGUCACCUAUCAUGACAGUGUCCAAGAUGCUUCUAGGAUAUCAGUUUAGGUGUACCAUGGAGAUUUCCUUUGACUUUGUAUUGUAGUUUUACACAAUUUUGCUGUAAAAUUAUACCCUGUGACCAAAAUUUUCAAGUUUUGUUCAAUCUUUUGCCACAGAUUAUCUGAUGUACCAACAACUCAAUCUCACUAUAAUCAGUAGAUUAUAUAAGAAUGAUCAUUCUUUACA